CUUUCAGAAAUCUCUUGGAUAAAGACAUGUUCUCCAAGUCAGACCCAUUGUGUGUGAUGUACACUCAAGGAAUGGAGAACAAGCAAUGGAGAGAGUUUGGAAGAACAGAAGUGAUUGACAACACACUGAAUCCGGACUUUGUGCGCAAAUUUAUACUGGAUUAUUUCUUUGAGGAGAAACAGAACAUCAGAUUCGAUCUGUAUGAUGUUGAUUCGAAGAGCCCCGAUCUCUCCAAACACGAUUUCCUGGGCCAGGCCUUCUGCACUCUGGGAGAGAUCGUGGGGUCCCCAGGGAGCCGCCUGGAGAAGCCUCUCACCGGGGUCCCUGGGAAGAAGUGUGGUACCAUUAUCUUGUCAGUGGAGGAGCUGAGCAACUGCAGGGAUGUUGCCACAAUGCAGUUCUGUGCCAAUAAACUGGACAAGAAAGAUUUCUUCGGUAAAUCUGACCCCUUCCUGGUGUUCUACAGAAGCAACGAGGACGGAACGUUCACCAUCUGUCACAAGACAGAAGUCAUGAAGAACACUCUAAAUCCCGUGUGGCAAACUUUCUCCAUCCCUGUGAGGGCCCUCUGCAACGGGGACUACGACCGGACCAUCAAGGUGGAGGUAUAUGACUGGGAUCGGGAUGGCAGUCAUGACUUCAUCGGGGAAUUCACCACUAGCUACCGGGAGCUGGCUCGUGGGCAGAGUCAAUUCAACAUCUACGAGGUGGUAAACCCGAAAAAGAAAAUGAAGAAAAAGAAAUACCUGAACUCUGGCACAGUAACACUACUGUCCUUCGCGGUGGAGUCAGAAUGCACGUUCUUGGAUUAUAUCAAAGGAGGGACUCAGAUCAAUUUCACGGUUGCCAUCGACUUCACCGCCUCCAAUGGCAACCCUUCCCAAUCCACUUCCCUGCAUUACAUGAGCCCAUACCAGCUGAAUGCCUAUGCUCUGGCGCUAACAGCCGUGGGUGAGAUCAUCCAGGACUAUGACAGUGACAAGAUGUUCCCAGCCCUGGGCUUUGGGGCCAAGCUUCCUCCUGAUGGCAGAGUUUCCCAUGAGUUCCCACUGAAUGGCAAUCCGGAUAACCCCUCUUGCUGUGGUAUUGAUGGUAUCCUCGAGGCCUAUCACCGAAGCCUUCGCACCGUGCAGCUCUAUGGCCCCACCAACUUUGCACCGGUGGUCACUCAUGUGGCCAGGCAUGCAGCAACUGUGCAAGAUGGCUCCCAGUAUUCCGUGCUGCUGAUCAUCACAGAUGGGGUCAUCUCAGACAUGGCGCAGACCAAGGAAGCCAUCGUCAAUGCUGCCAAACUCCCCAUGUCCAUUAUCAUCGUGGGCGUUGGCCAGGCUGAGUUUGAUGCCAUGGUUGAGCUGGAUGGUGACGACAUCCGGAUCUCCUCCAGGGGGAGGCUAGCAGAGCGGGAUAUCGUCCAGUUUGUGCCAUUCCGGGACUAUGUGGACCGAACAGGGAAUCACGUGCUCAGCAUGGCUCGCCUGGCCAGAGAUGUACUGGCUGAGAUCCCGGACCAGCUGGUAUCCUACAUGAAAGCACAAGGCAUCCGUCCCCGCCCACCCCCGGGACCUCCUGCCCACACCCCAUCUCGGUCCCCUUCGCACACAAACAUCUAAGGAUGGGGCGUAGGCAGGCUGGGAAGAUGUGGAUUCCCUGGGACAUGCGCCUGCACACACACACACACACACACACACACACACACACACACACAUCACUGAGGUUCAAAUU